AAGCCCGGGGAAUCUCCUCCUCCAGAGGACUGGUGUGGUCAGGUGGCUCAAUCCUUCCUUCCUCAGCACAGUGGACAGAACCACCCUCCGCCCAGCCGGUCCCCAACAGCUUCUCUACGCCAGUUCAUCUCCAGUAAGCUCUCAGGUCACUGUCUUCUUUUAUUGUUCAAGAAAGGAGAGUCACUAUCCUAUACAGAAGGAAAAAAAAUGUUCUUCUGGGUGUUAGCCCUCCUAAUCCUUUGUGGUUUUCUAUGGAAUUAUAAAAGACAACUAAAGAUUGCAGACAUCACAGAUAAGUAUAUUUUCAUAACUGGUUGUGACACUGGCUUUGGAAAUUUGGCAGCCAGAACUUUUGAUAAAAAAGGAUUUCGUGUAAUUGCUGCCUGUCUGACUGAAUCAGAGUCAACAGCUUUAAAGGCAGAAACCUCAGAAAGGCUUCACACUGUGCUUCUGGAUGUAACUGACCCGGAGAAUGUCAAGAGGACUGCCCAGUGGGUGAAAAAUCAAGUUGGGGAGAAAGGUCUCUGGGGUCUGAUCAACAAUGCCGGCGUUCUCGGCGUGCUGGCUCCCACCGAUUGGCUGACAGUGGAGGACUACAGAGAACCUAUUGAAGUGAACUUGUUUGGCCUCAUCAAUGUGACUCUAAAUUUGCUUCCCUUGGUCAAAAAAGCUCAAGGAAGGAUUAUCAAUAUCUCCAGCAUUGGAGGUCGGCUGGCGUUCAGUGGAGGGGGUUAUAAUCCAUCCAAAUACGCAGUAGAAGGCUUCAAUGACAGCUUAAGACGGGACAUGAAAGCUUUUGGUGUACACGUUUCAUGUAUUGAACCAGGAUUAUUCAAAACAGGAUUAUCAGAUCCAAUAAAAGCCACUGAAAAAAAACUCGCCAUUUGGAAGCAUCUGUCUCCAGAUAUCAAACAACAGUAUGGAGAAGGUUACAUUCAAAAAAGUCUAGACAAGCUGAAAGGCACAACUUCCUUUGUGAACGUGGACCUCUCCCUGGUGGUGGAGUGCAUGGACCACGCGCUCACAAGUCUCUUCCCAAAGACCCAUUAUGUUGCUGGGAGAGAUGCCAAGGCCUUCUGGAUACCUCUGUCUCACAUGCCAGCAGUUUUGCAAGACUUCUUAUUGUUGAAACAGAAAGUAGAGCUGGCUAAUCCCAAGGCGGUGUGACCGGUGUGACUCAGCAGACAACAAAUGCCUACCCCAGGCUAUGAGAUUGACUGCUUUCAAGGGCGUAUCUCCUUUUUGGUCUCAUUCCUUACCUAAUCCAACCCAGACUCAUUUAGAUCAUUUAGAUGUGCUUCUUUUGAUACUCCCUCGUGUAUCAAAAGAAACACAUCUAAAUGAUCUAGAUGUGCUUCUUUUGAUACACGAGGGAGUCCUACCCACACUGGGAAUGUCCCAGGGUCCCUUCUUAAGCCUUCUUUGAGAAGAAGGGCAGCAAUGACCUAUCCCAUAAAGGGCCAUGAUAGCACCUGCCCAAUAUUUAGGUUUUGUCUGCUUAAUAUAUGUAAGGGAAAUUGAAAGCCUUUCCCAUCCAAUAUGAUCUCUGCCACUGUCAGCCCCAUUGCCUCUAGCCCCCACGCCUUGAACUCCAGAAUGUUAAUUAUUUGUCCCGUAUCAAAAUGUUGAGAGAGAAGUAGAAUACUUUCAUGAGUGGGUUGGAUGUCUUAUUUGCUGAGAAGAAGACUCAGAAAGACUGGAACUCAGUUUUCUAACCUGUGGUGGGUCAGGGGAAGGUGGGGUGAGGAAGCAUCAUGUGACUCAUACAAACAAAGGAGAACAGAGAAACAUAGGGGAGGAGCAGAAGGACAAGAGGACUGAAAAGAAGAAACAAGUAUGGAAGUGGAGGGAGGGAGAGUCCAAGACAAGCCUGCCUGUUCUAGAGGGAGCUGUGGAGGCUGAACAGCCGUUUCAAGGCAGCUGUGAACACAGAUGCCCACACAGCUGUCUAUGGAAAGCUGGUAACAAAAGUAACCACUCGUUCCAAAGAAGAAAAACAGAAGGUAUUCAUGUCAUUAUGAUGACUGUAAAUACAACAAGACCCAGAAUAUCUGCAACAACACACCCAAGAUGGUUGGAAAGCCUGUAUUUGAGGUGUCUCUGAAGCCCCAUGAAGACAUAGAGCUAAAUUAAGACUCCAGCCUACAGUUACAGUGACAGCUGUAACUUGCUCUUUGCUCAUAUUCGUGGUCCUUAUUGGACUGACCCUGGCCCCACACCUCAUCCCAAAACAAGUUCUCUACACGUUUGCUUCUCCAGAUAGCAGCACCCAGUAUCACUCAUGUAGGCUGGUUGACAAUUCACAUGAAAAGCCUGAAGUGUCAAAAUUCAAUAUUUGUGGCUAAAUUAUAUAGGGUGAAAGAGCCAGAAAAAUUGUAUCAUGUACACACACAGACACACACACACAUACUUAUUGUGAAGAAAAUAUUUAAUAUCUGCUGCAUGAAACCAUACCCAUUUGAAGAGAUCAGUAAUGCUAUUCAUUUUUAUCCACCUUUCUGGAAACAUCUGUUCAUGAGGUAGUCUCCUCUUCUCACAUUUACAAUGUAUUAAUGACUUUGAAAAAACAAAUUUUCAAUGGUGUCAGUCCACCUGGACAUACAUGUCAUUAUUUUAAGGGAAAAUACACUCAUCCUUUUUGCAUGAAAAUGAAGAAAAUCACAGCAGGAAUCAGAAGAAUUCUCAGGCAAAGUUAUCUAAGCUAUUGUCACUACCAACCCGGGAAGUCACCUCCAUCCUGGGGUCCCACUGACAGCUCACCUUUAAGAUCUCUCUGAUUUCUUCUUGUUGCCAGUAACCGCCUGCAGGUUAGGGAACCCUCGCACAGCUUGCCCUUGGAGCCGAAGUUCAUCAGCGUUGUUUACUGAGGCUCUUCCUUCUCACCUUGAAUUCCCAGGUCCUGGCUUCAUCACAUUGUUUUUAAAAUUUCAGGCCCGCUCUCCCUGAUCUUCCUGUCCUCCGCUGCUUCCAGGACUUUUAAAAUCGGCAGGAUCCUGCUUUGCUGGACGUCCAGGACUUUUAAAAUCGGCAGGAUCCUGCUUUGCUGGACGUCCAACCAUUCCAGGUUGUGGGGUCUACCUAAUGGUCUUAUUUCCUUUGUUUCACCUGGACCUGAGUUCUUUGCUCAUUUCUCCACGUAACUACAAUUGGCAAAUCCCUGUUUCAUCAAUCCAAAAAGGGUUCUACUUAAAUGAAUGUUCCCAAAUACGGUGUCAUCUCAAAACAAAAUCAAAUAUAUUCACCCAAGCAACCUUGAAAGCUUUUAAAACUAAAUGAGAAGAUGGCAGUAUUUGGAAUAUAAAGGUAUAGUCUCAACAAAAGCACAAGACCUGGAAGAAAGAAAGGAGAGAGGAAGGGAGGGGCUUAAAAAGGUCAUUGCACCAGGAGUCUGAGGUCUGACUGUCUCAACUCUCUCCAUCUCACCAUCACUUCUGAUAUUCUCUGUGCUCUUAGGAAAAUAAUAUAUUUUUUAUCUAUACUAUUUGAGAGGACAUAUACUGGGCAUUCGGCUAAGUCCUGGCCAGUAAGGAACAACACAGCCCCUUCCUUCAUAAAGCUUAUUAUAAUCCAAAAGCUGAGAUUACCACUUGGGAUGCCUUAGAGUAGCUUCUCCAGGAAUCUGUGGUCAAGCUAAAGUGAGAUGUUGUCUCUCUACCACCUCUCGUUUAUGGGACCCUUUCCUCACUUAGUUUGGAGGCACAAGGAGAACCUCCCAGACUUUUCCUCUGAUAUGACCUAAAAAAUCCCACUACAUCCUCUGUAGCUCUAUCUGGAUAUCCACAAGGUAUUCACAUCUGGAGUUCCUACCAAUCUCACCCGACCUACCCUUUCCCAUGCAAGCACCAACUACUAUCAAUUUGAUCUCCUAAGGAGAUACCUCGUCUACUACUUUUCUUCUCCAAGGGAAUCAUCUAUUCAAGCUUUCAUCAUCCCUUAUCUCAAUGGCAGUAUAUUUACCCUUGUAUUUUUUCGAUGAUUUCUCCUCACUGCAGUCAGAAUUAUUCAGAAUUCAGAUCUAAUUAUUCUACUCUUUUCCCCACCACCACUUUCUUAAACCCUUCAAUGGGUUUCCAUUGCAUUUUGGCUAAGGACGAAAAUGCAUUACACAAAUGACGUUGCCCCAGCACUUCUCAUUAGCCUCAUUUGAGGUUCUUCUCCUCCUCAGCUAGCCCCCUCAGACCCUUUGUCCAUGCUCUUGCCUAGGAAGUUUCCAUUUUUCUUGUUUAUCUAGUUUCCUCAUCCUGUAGAUCUCAGACCCUUCCUCAGGGAAGCCUGUACAGUUCCAAACUCUGACCACAGUCUUUGUAUCCCAAAUUGGUUUCUGUCUUGUACAGAACCCUUAUCACAAUCUGUCAUUACAUAUUUGUGUAGUUUGUUACUAUGGGUCUCCCCAACCGGACUUUAAGUUUCAUGAAAUCAGGAACCAUGAUCCUUCGCUUAUCUUUGUAUUCCCUUGCCUAGCACAGUGCUGGCACACAGACCACUGUUCAAAAAUAUUUAUUGAAUGAAUUUAGAAAUCAGCUUCUAUGAGCCUUUCUGACUAGGGGGCAAUCUAUCACUUAAGAUAGGGCUUGCCAAUCUCAUUGAUUGUGGUAUUAAAGAAUCAGUUUGAUUAAAAUCCUAUAACUUCCUUAA